AUGAUCGGUUUUAUAGUGUUGUUCUCUAGCAAAAUAUUUGCUGUAUCGCUGUUUCUAGCAACUCAUAUUGGCUACUGUAACAGUAAACAAACAAAAACAAGACAUCAUCUUGCUGGUAAGACGCGUUCGGAAGCACCUGAGCGAUCUGCAGUCAAAUCUCAUAAAUCAGACAUUUCACCAGAUAGAAUCAGACAUCCUAUGACCACUGGACACUCAAAAGAAAAGAAAAAUCCAAAGAAAUCGGAACCGCCUGGACCUGAGUCGUUACACGUAAACACCUCAAAAGACCGACUUAACGCCAAAAAACGACGUUCAACAGUUCAUGAUGAAACUGGUGGCGGUCCUGCCCAGAAAACUCGGCGAAAGAAAACAAGAACGUUAGAAGACGGAAAAACCGGACCAAAUGAUCCGCUUAUGAAUGUUGAGGAAAUGGCCAAAGAAUGUGGAGAUUACGAUAACUUAGAUCCAAAUGAAGCAAACGACAUGGAAACUGCAAUUCGAUAA